CUGAAACAAAAUAAAAGAGAAUCGACAGUGGUAAAUUUCGGAUACGUGUGGCUUCCUAGGUGGGCAGGAGACGCCGCGACGUCGGCUCGUUCCGCGGCUUCGGGUCAGCCCUACAACUUCGCGUCAAUCAGUACGAAUGCCGCUGCAUUCACUCCAAACCCAACGAAACUUCAAAACGACUCUGCUUCCAGCGAUAUCACAACGCCGCAGACCUAUUCACCCGGUGGCUCCCUAUUCACCACGCGGUAUAAGGACACUAUCGAUCCCACAACAGAAACAGCCGCCUCAGCGUCGUCGACCCUCCUUACCUCCAGUAAAGCUCCAAUCAUCCCCGCGGUCGAACUCAUCGCCACUUCCACCACCUUCUAA